GGGGGGGAAGGCAAGAUGGCGGAGCUGGGGAAAAAGUAUUGCGUGUACUGCCUGGCCGAGGUGAGCUCGCUCCGGUUCCGCUGCACCGAGUGCGCCGACAUCGAGCUCUGCCCCGAGUGCUUCUCGGCCGGGGCCGAGAUCGGCCCGCACCGGCGCUGGCAUGGCUACCAGUUGGUGGACGGCGGGCGUUUCACGCUGUGGGGCGCCGAGGCCGAGGGCGGCUGGAGCAGCCGGGAGGAGCAGCUCUUGCUAGACGCCAUCGAGCAGUUCGGCUUCGGCAACUGGGAAGAUAUGGCUGCUCAUGUCGGAGCAUCACGGACUCCUCAGGAAGUGAUGGAACACUACGUAAGCAUGUACAUCCAUGGCAACCUUGGAAAAGCCUGCAUCCCUGACAUAAUCCCAAACAGAGUGACUGACCACACCUGCCCAAGUGGUGGCCCGCUUUCUCCUAGCCUUACCAUGCCUCUGCCGCCUCUAGACAUAUCAGUGGCUGAGCAGCAGCAGCUGGGAUAUAUGCCCCUUCGAGAUGACUAUGAAAUCGAAUAUGACCAAGAUGCUGAGACUCUGAUCAGUGGUCUGUCGGUGAACUAUGACGACGAUGACGUGGAAAUAGAAUUAAAGAGGGCUCAUGUGGACAUGUAUGUGAGAAAGCUCAAGGAGAGGCAGCGCAGAAAGAACAUUGCUCGCGACUAUAACCUGGUUCCUGCUUUUUUAGGGAAGGAUAGAAAGGACAAAGAAAAACCUUCCAAACGCAAGAUCACAAAAGAAGAAAAAGAGCUGAGAUUAAAACUCAGGUCUCUCUACCAGUUUAUGUCUUGCAAGGAGUUUGAUGAUUUCUUUGAAAACCUACACAAGGAGAAGGUUCUGCGAACCAAGAUUAGGGAAUUACAGCGGUAUCGUCGGAAUGGAAUCACAAAAAUGGAAGAGUCGGCAGAGUAUGAAGCUGCGAGACACAAACGAGAGAAGAGGAAAGAGAACAAAAAUAUUACUACUGCUAAGAGGGGUAAGGAAGAUGGUAAAGAUGGAGAAUUUGCUGCAAUUGAAAAUCUUCCUGGCUUUGAGUUGCUCUCGGACCGAGAAAAAGUACUUUGUAGCUCUAUAAAUCUGAGUCCUGCACGUUAUGUGACAGUUAAAACUAUUAUAAUUAAAGAUCACCUACAAAAAAGACAAGGGAUUCCAUCGAAAAGCCGUCUUCCUAGUUACUUAGAUAAGGUACUAAAGAAAAGGAUUUUGAAUUUCUUAACAGAGAGCGGUUGGAUAUCCAGAGAUGCUUCUUGAAUCUUGUCUGUGUGCUUUGAUGUAGUAUUCAUACGAACAAAAC